AUGGAUCUGAAUUCAGCGAUGGGCGAGCAUGGCACUUUCAAGCCUGCGCCAGAGGCACAGAGCCAAAAUAAACCAGGCUUGGAAAGCAUCAUGUCUUUGCCUAGCGAAUCGACCAAAUUGGAAGGCAGUGGCAGCUUCACUGAAUAUUUAGGCUCAGGCAAGCUGAAGAACAAGAAUGCACUCAUUACUGGUGGAGAUUCUGGAAUCGGACGAUCGGUGGCCAUCCUGAUGGCAAGAGAGGGCGCAGAUGUGACAAUCGUUUACCUGCCGAAGGAGCAAUCAGAUGCAGAUGAAACUAAGAGAUAUAUUGAGAAAGAAAAUAGGAAUUGUUUGUUAAUUCCAGGUGACCUAAGAGAUUGGAAAUUGUGUCUCCACGCAGUGGAUGAACAUGUGAAGAAAUAUGGCAAGAUCAAUAUCCUGGUGAAUAACGCAUCAAAGCAGUACAUCACUCGAGAAUUUCCGGAUAUCGAUCUAGACAACGUUGAGGACUUAUUCCGAACCAACAUAGUCCAAAUGAUUGCGAUGACCAAGUUUGCGCUUCCUCACAUGUCUCGGGGUGAUUCAAUCAUCAACACUUCUUCUAUUGUAGCCUUUCGUGGUUCGGGAACCAUGAUUGACUACUCUGCAACCAAAGGAGCUAUCAUCUCAUUCACUCGAUCGUUAGGGUCAUACUUGAUUCCCAAAGGCAUCAGAGUCAAUGCAGUGGCUCCAGGUGCUAUUUACACCCCAAUUCAAGUCGACACCCGAGACUUCCAGCAAAUGGAAGGCUGGGGUCACAAGGUUGGACUUGGCCGACCAGGGGAACCAAGUGAGGUUGCGACAAGCUUCGUAUUUUUGGCCAGUGCGGAUGCUACACUAUACUGUGGGUGGUCAACAAUCACCGACGGACAAGUUCUUCACUGUUAUCCGCUCGGAGACUGA